AUGCACACAUUUAUUAUUUUCCUGGUGUUUUCUCCCAUUAACAUUAUUUACCAAUGUAGAGGCAACUGCCUGUUUAUUAACGAAAAGAGCGUCAAUACAGUGCUGUCGAAAAAAAUUGAUGCUUCACCUGGGCAAAUCAAAAAUGAAAUUCUUGCCAUAAAGGAUGAGCUGCUGAACCAUGCUGUCAAUGAGACUAACCCUCCAGCUGAUCCUCCUCGUUAUUCUGAUGUACUGCGCAACAGAACUCAACCAGUCAUUGUUAUUCGUCCGAAAAAUACUAAUCAAUCAGUAACUCAAACCAAGACGGACAUUCUAAAGUCAGUUGAUCCUCUUGAAGCCAACAUUCAUCUGGGUAAAGUUUGUGAUAUCAAGGAAGGUGGGAUAGUGCUUGGUUGUAAGAGCAAAGCAGAUAACUUAAAACUGCUUUCCAUUGCAAAAGAGAAGUUAGGUGAUUCAUACGUCAUCAAAGAAGCUGGCAUUAAUCCUAGGGUACGAAUAGUUGGAUUGACUGGCGAAUACUCCGAUGAGCAGAUACGUAGCUACCUUCUGAAGGGUAAUCCUGACGUGUUUUGUGGUGAUGUUGAGUGUAAAGUUUACACAUAG